CCUGCCCGUGAGCAAUCUCCCAAUUCAUCUCUGUUAAUAUUUCAGCACAAAAAAAUACGUAAUAAUGAGUGAAAGUAUGCACGGAACAUUUAUUUCCGAAAAAGUUUCAAAAAUCCGAUGGAAACGUGAAGAUUUUACCGAGGCUAAGACGUUUGUAACUGGGAGUUGGGAGAAUCCUGUCAAUCAGAUUACAUACUGGACUUUUGAAGUUAACGACGAUGAGCUGUAUCCAGUUGUAGUGUCCUCGCACGCUUUUUUGGGAGAUGUUACGGAACUGAAGUUUAUAUCAAAAGAUCGGUUUGUGGCAUCUUCAUCAGUAGGAUCUAUAAAACUUCUACAAAUACAGGAUAAUCCAUACACUCAGUUCAAGGAGGUUAUGUUAUGGAAAUAUGUACAUAACUUUAGUGUAUCAACAGAUUUUGCUUCUUGCACGGCACUUUCUACCUUCGAAGAAGAUAUAGUUUCAGUAGGGGAAGAUGGAAGAAUUAAUCUGCUAACAGCUCGAGAAGAGAAUCCAGUGAGGAUAAUAGAAAAUGCUGAUAGUUGUUCCCUACACUGUGUCGAUUUUUUAAGACACAGUGAAAUACUGACAGGGAAUUUACGAGGCCAUAUGAAGGUGUGGGAUUUAAGAAGCGACCAAGACAUACCUGCUACCACAUUCAUGCUCUCUGAACAAGUGAAGACCGAAGCCACAAGCAUUGCGCAUCAUCCUACUCAGAGGCACAUUGUUGUAGCCGGUGGAGGUGACGGUAGCUUAACCGUCUGGGAUUUGAGACGCAACACAUAUCCCAUAUCUCAGUUAAAUGCACAUUCCAAAGCCGUUGCUGAAAUAAUGUUUCACCCUGACAGACCAGAACAUUUAUUUACGUGUUCUCUUGGAGGUGAAUUAUGGCAGUGGAACGCACAAGGUUCAAAGCUCAAACCAGAUACAGCCGAUAAGCACUGGUUGAAUACCGUUGGAGCAAAUGGGAAUGUCAAUGUAACGUCAUUGUGUUCAGCGCUGCACAAACCUAUAAACAGUAUAGAUGUUGACCGAUCGACGUUGCUAUGUGGCUGUGAUAACGAAGCUAUGUACGUUAUUAAAAAUAUAAUGCUUUGAGAUCCAUAGAUAAGGAACUGUUUAUACAAUAAAUGAAGAAAAUCUA